CGGAUGCUCAUCGGCUUCACUUGCACCGUCUGCAACAACCGUUCCCACAAGACCAUGUCCAAACAUGCCUAUAACCACGGCGUCGUUCUCAUGCAAUGCGACCACUGCAAGAACCGACAUCUCAUUGCCGAUCAUCUCGGUUGGUUCAAAAACGGAGGUGUUACGGUCGAGGAUCUGGUGAAGGAGCGGGGUGAGACCGUUCAGAAA